UGUUGCUGUCGAUUUAUGUGUCGGUGAACAACAGCAACAUUGUUUAUCCCCAUACUACAGCGCUUCAGGCAAAUGUCAAGACUGGAAGGAAAUGUCAGUCCUCGUGGCAGAUCUUGUUGGCCGUUCGACUGUUCAAGAUAAAACCAAAACAAAAUCCAAUAUAUUAACGUUAAUCAUUCGAGUAGCGUCGGGCGUAAUCGGUCACGGUGCUAAUACGCUAAAAACGUUAAUAGUAAACGGAUUAAUGCUUUUAUCGCAAACGGUCCUAAAAGCGUCGGAAGAUGUGGGAGAUGAUCAAUCUAGUGCUCCGGUUACCGGCAGUCCCAUCGAUUGGGUUUUGAAGAACUCCUAUAUCAAAUCCAAGAUUCGCGAAGCGACCAGCGACGACCUGCCGGACCGGCUGGAACAACUGGCGUUCGGUAUGCCUUGUGUGCAACUUUUAAUGUGUCGCAUAGCCCCUGUAGUAAGACACAUGCAGUACGAGGUGAAAGGGCGAUGGGGAGAGUCCCGGACAGGCCACAAACCGUGGGGAUACAACGGCACCUGCUGGGAAGGCGUCAAGAGCAACGCGAAAACUUGUAGCGAAAAAUAUUAUGCCUGUGAGAAGUCGAUGAAAUACAGUAGCAAUAAUUAACGGCGACCGUUUCCGUAUACUUAA